CUCAUAUCUAAAAUGUCACAAAAUCUUAUUAACGCUAAUCCUACUAUUUACAAUACAAAGACUUUUGUACGUAAAGAAACAGAAGCCGAGUUUGACGAUGAUGUAGAGGAUGCUAUUGAUUCACAAGAAGUGUUUGACCUGAUCCGGUCCAUUUCUGACCCUGAACAUCCUUUGACUCUUGAACAACUUAAUGUGACUCAAUUUGAUCAUAUUGUAGUCGACAAUGAAAUCAACAAGAUCUUGAUUGAAUUUACACCUACUAUUCCUCAUUGUUCGAUGGCAACUUUAAUUGGUUUAUGUAUUCGAGUUCGUUUGUUACGUAGUUUACCUGAUCGAUUUAAGGUUGAUAUUCGUGUUCGUAAGGGCACUCAUCAAUCUGAAGGAGCUGUUAAUAAACAGUUGAAUGACAAGGAAAGAGUAGCAGCUGCUUUGGAAAACAAUCAUUUAUUAGAAGUUGUUAAUCAAUGCUUAGCUACCGCUAGUUUGCGUGGUGUUGAAGUGAGCAAUUAAGAAAAAAUAUCCCCCCCCCCUUCCAUCUCCUCCCUCUCUUUGUGUAUAAAUUUCCCAUCACCCUAAAAUAAAAAAAAGAUGAUUAUCAA